AUGCUCAUCAUGGGCAGUAACAAGGAUAUAAUCCAACAAACCAAGAACAUGCUUAAGAGUCAGUUUGACAUGAAAGACAUGGGUCUUGCGGACGUUAUUCUUGGUAUUAAGAUCACAAGGACUUCUGAGGGAAUCACCUUAUCUCAGGAGCAUUAUGCUGAAAAGAUACUUGAGCGGUUCAAGAAGUAUUCGAAUGGAACUGCGAAAACUCCAGUGGAUACACAAUUGCACUUGACUAAAAACUCUGGUGAAGGAGUGUCACAAGUUGAGUAUGCAAGGAUAAUUGGAAGUCUGAUGUACUUAACCAAUUGUACCAGGCCUGACUUAGCGCAUGCAGUGAAUGUAUUAAGCCGCUACACAAGCAAUCCUGGUAGAGAUGUCAAACGGGCCAACCCGCACCCAAACGGGCCAACCCGCCGCGGUUUCACUUUGUCGGCGGAUCAGGCGGGUCGGACCGCUGCGGGCCGCGGUCUUCAAAAGCUCGGCCCUAAUCCGCACCGCUUGGUAUUGGUGGUUAUGCGGGUCAGCCCGCGGGCUUAA